AUGCAAUUGAUUGGGACCCCUACAGCUCACGACGUCGAUCAGGUUCACUUCACCGGUCGCUAUGCCGCCUACGCCGGCGCAGACACUUGGUAUCCCAGCUGGUCUUCGGAUGGCGACCUCUACACGCCCUGGACGGAUGGUAAGGUCGGCAGCAUCCGAGCAUCCAGCGCUUGCGCAGGGGCGGCCUGCAUGUCCACCACCGGCUUUGCCAGAGUUUCUGGAGAGGAUCCUUUCAACCUGAGUAUCAAGGAUGUCGGCGUUUUCGAAUCGUCCCCUUCGCCGUACCAUGGCCGCUACCCCAGUGCUUCGCUGCACUAUGACGGUGUCUGGUACUACGGGACAUAUGCACUGGACAACGAGAACCACGAACCCGGUGCUGCGCCCGAGGAGUCUUCGGAGAGCCAGGCUGCUGGCAAGCACCAAACGGGGGGCUACUGUGGCAAUUGGUGUAUCCAAGGGCCCUUCGUCGGGUUCCGCUGGAGCCGGGAUGGAGGCAAGACGUGGGAAGAGCCUCGGAAGACGAUGGCGAACUACUCGGACAACCUCUUUGGCGAGGCUGCGCCGAACAAUCGCAGCAAGGUGAAGUUCGGGGCGCCGCACGUGGUCGACCUUGGCCAGAACUUGGCGCACCAGCCGAAUGGUGCCUCUGAUCCAAGGCUCUAUCUCGUGGGCCACGGGGCCUCGGCUCCGAUGUCACCGACCUCCUGGAUGCAAGGCUCCGAGGUCUACCUGGCAAGAGGAAGGCCAGAUGUAGAGCGCAUCAACGAUGCUGCAGCGUGGGAGUUCUAUGCUGGGAACGGCAGCUGGUCUCCUGGAGACGUUUCUCGCGCUAAGCCCCUGGUGUCAUGGGGCAAUCGCACUGGGGUCACCACCAUCACCUACAUUCCUGCCGUGAAGAG